AUGCCAAAAAAUACUCUGGAAGCUUCUGCUAACGAAUCCGGAAGCGGCACUGCACUUGGGCAGUCAACCAUUUCGUCAACUCCAGUCAGUAAGAAGGAAAAGAAGAAGCAGAAGUUACAGGAAAAAAUCGACAGGAUGGAGCAGAUUGAACUACUCGUCCACCGCCGUAGUCAGGCAAAAGGUAAGGUGACAAGAAUUUAUAAUACUAUAUGCCCCAAUGAGAACGAUGAAGUCGUUCAGCUAAGCGAAGCUCAAAUCCGGGUGUUCAUGAAGAAGCUAGAAACAGCUCAAAAGGAGUACCUUGCUAUUCAUGAAAGCAUCCUUGGCUUAGCAACGGCGGAUACCCGAAAAACUCAUAGCCAACACUACGAAGAGUUCGACGAACAUUAUGAUACGGUGGCCAUCUUGCUCGAAGAGCAACUGAUCGCUAUGAAUACCGCUCCAAGAGCAAAUGCAAACCAUAACUCGUUGAAUACUUCCAUGCUUAAUCAGGGUCCAGUCAUUGUGCACCAACCUUUAAGAAUGCCGAUUCCUUCUUUCGAUGGUCGAUACGAAAGUUGGCCAAAGUUUAAAGCCAUGUUUAAAGAUCUGGUCGACAAGACACCCGAUUCCCCAGCAGUGAAGCUCUACCAUCUGGAUAAAUCAUUGAUGGGUAGUGCUGCUGGCCUAAUUGACGCUAAAACCAUCAAUGAGGGAAAUUACGCCCAUGCAUGGGAAAUCCUAGAAGAAAGGUAUGAGAAUAAGCGUCACACGAUUGAUACUCACAUCCACGGACUAUUGAAUCUCAAGAAGAUGGUAAAAGAGAAUCAUGGUGAGCUGCGUAGCUUGGUAGACGAGUGUACCAGACAUGUGGAAAGCCUUAAGUUUCUGCAACAAGAGUUCACAGGAAUAUCGGAACUGAUUGUGGUUCAUCUACUCGCUGCCGCUCUCGAUAAGGAAACCCGAAGACGCUGGGAGUCCACCGUAAGACAAGGUGAACUACCUAGCUACAAUCAAUUGUUGGAAUUCUUGAAGGAACAGUGCUUCAUACUGGAGAGAUGCGAUAGCUUGAAUCCAAAGCAACCCACAAUUCAACCUAAGCCUACAACAAAGCUAAGUCAAAAAUCGUACGUCGCAGCUGCUUCCGAGCAUGAUUCAAAACCCGAGUAUAAAUGUGAUUUUUGUGGGAAGGGCCAUCAAAAUUUUACUUGCUCAGAAUUUAAAGCGUUGUCGAUGCAGCAGAGACUAGCUAAGGUAAGAGAGCGGAACGUUUGCUUCAAUUGCUUGAGGAAGGGGCACCAGAGCAAGGAUUGUCCUUCGGAUAGAACAUGCUCGAAAUAUAAACGCCAUCACCACAGUCUACUGCACGCAGAGGAGCGUUCCAAAUCAACGGUGGAGGAACAGAAGGUGACUCCACAAUCAACCCAAAAUCCAGUUCCAGAGACCAAACCUCAAGAUGAAGUCCGCAAGUUGUUGCAACCAGAAGAUGAUAACUUCGCAAGUGCUGCUCCUCACAGCAGUGGUGGAUAUAAUGGAUCAAAAUAA